AUGGACAGAAACAUAGACAUGAUCUCAAACCUGCCAAGCUCUCUACUCAUAAUCAUUGCAGGUUUUCUGUCAUUCAAAGAGGCUGCUAGGACAUCUGUUUUGUCUAAACAAUGGCUUAACAUCUGGCGUGAUGCGAUGCAUAUACAGUUUAACGAGAACUUCUUUGUUAAAUCUGACGAGCCUGAAGGGAAUCAAAAAGUUCAGAGAGAAGUUUUCAUCAACUUUGCAAGGCAGUUUAUUGCAAACUAUCCAAAACAGGAUAUUAAAACACUUGGACUCACAUGUUCAAAGCCCGGGGAUUUUCUUGCUGAUAUGCAAAAUAUUGUCAUGUUCGCGUCGUCACGUAACGUGAGAGAAUUAGGACUAGAUUUCUCUGACCCGACAUGGAGAGAACAUGCACUUGAGAAUCAUCAAGCAGCAUUUGAAUUGCCUUUGCUUGUUUAUGAACAUGGCCAGGCUCUCAAGUCCUUGGAGUUGUUUUCGUGCAGUUUUGAUGUAUCCAACUUCUCUAAUUUCUGUGCGCUAAAGACUCUUUCUCUAGGGUGGAUUAAAAUAAACAUGGGAUCUAUUUUGGCUAUAUUGGAGAGUUGUCCAUUGUUAGAGAGUUUGAGUCUAAAGAAGUGUUGGGACAUAGUGAGCUUUGAGAUAUCUAAGCCAGGUUUGAGGCUAAAAAGCUUGGUCAUUGAGGAGUGUGAUAUUGCCGAUGAUUUCGUAUUAAUAGAGGGACCAAAACUUCAAUUCUUUAAGUUCUCAGGAAACGUGGGUGAAUUUCUUUUGGACGAUCAAAGCGAUUUGGUAAAGGCUGAGCUUGAUUUUGAGACGGAGACUGUAUUUGAUGAAAUUGGUUUAUUCCUUUGUGAUCUCUUAGAAGAUCUUUUUGCUGCUCAAGUUUUGACAGUUUGCAGCGUCUUCUUACAGAUUGUUCCCAGUGGAAACGAACCAUUGGGUUUGCAAGCUCCAAUUGAUGUCCGCUAUCUGAUCCUCAAAACAGCACUGCACAUUAAUGAAUUUUGUGGUAUCAGGUUCAUGCUAAGGAGCUGUCCUCAUCUAGAGAUUCUUACCAUAGACAUUGGUCCUGCAAAUAUUUUCCCUGAAUACAGAGCUCCCUAUCCAUUUAACCCUCAAGAAUUUUGGUCUGAGGACUUGCUAGUGGAAGAGUGUGUCACUACUACUCUUAAGGCGGUGAACGUGAAGGGAUUUAAAGGCACGAUGAAUGAACUACAUGUGCUGAAAUACUUGCUCCUCUUCGGCCAUGCAAUGGAGGAACUCACUCUUCAUGUCUCCAAUGAAGCUGGCAGUAAUGGUGAAACUAGGGAGUUCUAUAUGGAAAGAGCACUGCAAGUUUUGGAAUUCAACAAGGCAUCGAGGAAUUUAAGUAUAGCAGUCUUAUAA